GUAUUAUGUUGAUACUAAUCUCUCGGUCUCUCCAACUCCUCACCACUCAUUCAAGCAGCAGAUAGUUACCCACCAUCACUACUUCAACCGACAGUCCUCCAAAACCACCGGUGAGCAAACGGAAAAGGGUCGUCUGAAACCGAAAGCAGGUGGUAUAUAAUCGGAAAAAAAAUGGCGGCGGCGAUGAGGGGGAUAAUGGAAGUAAUGCUGGGAGUAAUUUUAGUGGGGUUUGUUGAUCAUGUGAGGCUUUCGGUUCAGCUGAAGUCGAGUCACCCAUUACACGGCGUGGUUGAUAGGAUAAACGGUGAAGGAGGGCCUUACAUUGGCCUCGUAAUGGCUUAUCCUACCGAAGAGGCCGUCCUCGUCGACUCCGGUCUCUUUGUUCCCAGUUCCGACCUCCCUUGGGUUGACUUGUCCGGAAGGAGAUUCAACAUUGGCAGGAUUAGGGAAGUAGAUGUAAUCUACGUAAUGACUGGGGAACAAACGCUAAAUGCAGGUAUCACUGUGCAAAUCCUCAUUGAUGUAUUUGACAUCAAAGGAAUUGUUCACUAUGGGACUGCUGGGAGUGCUAACGACUCGUUGUCAAUCGGGGAUGUUAGUGUUCCAAAAUAUGUUGCAUUCACUGGCUCUUGGAAGUGGAAGGAGUUUCACUCAGAGGAGGAGGGAUUGCCAGAGCUGAAGUUUGGGGCCUACAAUUUGCCAGCAACGGGAGAUAAUUUGUUAGCUAAAAUAGAGUUCACACCAGAAGAAGUAUACUACUCCAAUGGAAAACCAAUGGAAGAGGUUUUCUGGCUUCCAGUUGAACCAAAAUGGUUCAAUCUCUCUUCGCAGCUUGUGGAUUUGGAGCUGCAACAAUGCAUAAACGAGACAAAUUGCUUGCCUGAAACACCAAAAGUUGUUCAUGGAUUGAGAGCUUCCACUGCUGAUAUAUUCCUUGACAAUGCAGCAUACAGAAAAUAUCUUUUUAGCAAAUUCAAUGUCUCAACCGUGGAUGAAGAGAGUUCUGCAGUUUUAAUGACAUCCAUUACAAAUGGAGUGCCAUGCAUUGUAUUUCGUGGGGUUUCGGAUUUGGCUGGGGCAGCAACAGGGCAGAAAUUGACAUCAGGACUACUAUCAUCAAGUAGCCUAAGUUCAUUGGCAGCUGUUAAUGCUCUUAUUGUUGCUGCUGAGUUCAUUGGGUUAAGUGGCACAGCAUCUCUAAAACAGGAACAGUAAGUUAACAUCAGAUUGCAUCACAAUAUAUCUUUACAAUGCAAGACGUUGGAAGAUAUAUUUUGUAGUUUCAUUUGAAACCAAGGAAAUUGAUUGCGUCAGGUGCUUUUUAUUUGCUGUCUAUUAUAGGGCAUUUUCUCGUUUCAAAUUCGAUUGUAGAGUAGCUGAUUUUUCUUAUUCCUCAAAAUGUCAUGCAAUAAAAUAAGCCAACGAUGUGCUGUUCGAUCUGAAAAGAUUAAGGUAUUGAGUUUUACAUUGUAUCAUUUGAGAUGCCAGACUAAUUACAAAGCUCUCUCUUUCACAAA